UGUCACUUUUAGAGGUUAUGUGACUUUGUUUAUAUCGAGUGUGUCUGUUAAUCACCCGAGUUUUCUCAAUUUAAUUUUAUUCAUUCGAAUCGACACGAAAAAUCAUAAAUAAAAUGGCAGGCCGUGGCAGACCGGCAACAUCUUUAACACAAGAACAGUUGAUGGCUCUUGGCGUUAACAGCAAAGAAAUGCAAUCCGUCACAAAUGCUCCACCACCGAUAUUUCCACCUUUAUUUUCAAAACCCGCUCCAUUAGAAACCCGCAAUGCCCGAGACUACAAGAUAUUGUGGAAGGAAGAUUUUGUUUCCUACUUGAAGGAUUCUCCAUACUACACAAAUCCGACCGUGGAUCAUGACAAGAAGAUUCAACGUUACUCGGACAAAUACAUCCAAGUCUUCUCAAAAACGAAAGACAGAAAAAACAGUGACUUUGCAUGGGAUCGAAUGCCAGUGGAACUGCGACCGAACUGGAAGCGAAAGAAGGAGACUGUUGGCGCGCGAAAGAAAAUCAAAGUGGUUAACAUCGAGGAGACGCUUAAGGUACUCGAAGAGAAGGAAAAGGUCAAGGUGCCGGAUGUCGUCGAAAAGGAAAGCGAUGCCGAUGAUAAUGAUGAGGAAGAGAUAGACGAGCAUGACGAGGAAAUGGAUGAAGACAACGAUUAUGGGAACAGCUAUUUCGAUAAUGGUGAUGCGUACAACGACGAAGACGACAAUUUGGACGAUGGCCCGGUGUACUAAUAGGUAAACACUUGUAAUGUUAUAGCCAUUAACUACAAAAUAUAUUAACCAAUUGUGUCUGUACAUAAUAUCUCUAAAAAUAAAAUUGAGAAGCAGAUCGACCUAGUGCGAUCUGGCUAUUUCCGAAAAGAA